AUGUGGUUGGUCUGGCUUGUUCUGCCGUGGAUUUCCCCAACAACAAAUGCAGCAAAAACUUUCUCAAACACCAAACCCGGAUGCCUUGAAAAUUGUGGGAAUGUUAGUGCUCCUUUCCCAUUUGGGAUUGAUAACCUUGAUUGUGCCAUAAACGAUUAUUUUCUGCUAGAUUGCAAUGCCACUAACACUACUACCCCUGAGCUUUUAUUUGGAAACAUGAUAGUUUCCAAUAUAUCCGUGGAGGAAGGCACAAUAUCUGUGUACAUCAACGCAGCAUCUGACUGCUAUGAUCAGAAUGGAAGGCUGGAGAAUGAUUCUUUCGAUGAAGUGAUAACGCUAGGAGACGGUCCAUUCAGGUUCUCUGCCACCCGCAACAAAUUCACAGCUUUUGGCUGCGAUACAUCGGCCUAUAUGAGUGAUAGCGAAGGCAGCUUCACUAGUGGCUGCAUUUCUUUGUGUGAUCCUCAGAACAUGACAAAAGAUGACUCUUGUUCUGGUAUUGGAUGCUGCCAGACAACAGUUCCUCGUAGCCUGAAGACAUUGAAUAUUACUGUGGGAAGCUUUUAUAACCAUAGUGAUAUUUUGAAAUUCAAUCCUUGUGGAUAUGCAUUUUUGGUAGACCAAAACUCCUUCAAUGCUUCUGAUUUUGGGCUGGCCAACUACUCAGACGCAUCUGUGGCACCACCUGCUGUAAUUGAGUGGGUAGUGAAAGAGGAGACAUGUGAAAAAGCUCAGACUGACCCUACUACUUACGCUUGUAGCAAUAAUACUCGCUGUGAUUAUUCUGAAAACGGUCAAGGAUAUCGCUGCUUAUGUGAGGAUGGAUUCAAGGGAAACCCAUAUCUUCUACAAGGAUGUGAAGACAUUGAUGAGUGCAAGGAACCAGAAAAAUACCCAUGUCAAGGACACUGUAAGAACACAAUUGGGAACUACACAUGCAACUGCCCACUUGGCAUGCGCGGUGAUGGAAAAUUUAACUGCCAUGGAUUUCGUAUCACCACAAUUGCCACCGUAAGUGCGGCAGUCAUUUUGCUGGUGAUUAUCAGUCUUCUAAUCUUCAUAAUACUGAAGAGGAGAAGAAAGGAGAAAUACUUCUUAGAAAAUGGGGGUGUGCUGCUAAAGCACCAACGAGUGCGAAUUUUCAGCGAAAAAGAGUUAAUGAAAGCUACCAACAACUAUGAUACAAGUCAGUUUCUUGGUGAAGGUGGGUUUGGUUCAGUUUACAAAGGAAUACUAGCUGAUAACAUUCAAGUUGCAGUCAAAAUGCCUAAAGGGUUAGAUAAAGCUCAGGUAAACAAAGAAUCUCAGCAUGAAAUUGGCAUAGUUUCACAGGUCAACCACAAGAACGUAGUCAAGCUGUUAGGCUUGUGUCUGGAGACCAAAGUGCCAUUACUCGUUUAUGAAUUCAUCCCCAAUGGAACUCUCUAUCAGCACCUGCAUGAUAAGAAAUCGCGCAUUUUGAAAACAUGGAAAACUCGACUGAGGAUUGCAGCAGAGAUGGCUCUAGCACUUGACUAUUUGCAUUCCCUGGCAAGCCCUCCAAUCAUUCACAGCGAUAUCAAGUCAACAAACGUACUCUUGGAUGAUAAUUACACGGCAAAAGUGUCGGAUUUUGGUGCUUCAGUGCUGAUUUCAGCAGAUAAAACUGUCAUAGCCACAAAAAUUCAAGGGACUUUUGGUUACUUGGAUCCUGAGUAUCUGAUGACUGGUAAUUUAACCGAAAAGAGUGAUGUCUAUAGUUUUGGUAUCGUUCUAUUGGAGCUUCUCACCGGAGAAAAUCCUUGCUCUUCUUCAAGGUCUAAGGAGAGGGGUAGCAUUAUUCACUACUUCGUAUCGUCUCUGGAAAGUAACAGUCUCUUCCAUAUAUUGGAUUUUAAGGCUGCUGAUGAUGAUGAAAUGGAAGAAAUAGAAGUUGUAGCUGAGCUUGCAAAAAGAUGCGUUGACAGCAGCGGUGUAAGAAGGCCAACAAUGAAGGAAGUCGCGGAGGAACUUGCAAGGCUAAUGAAGCUCCAUGUGGAAAUGUCAGCUCAGCAGGACAGUGAAGAGACACAGCACUUGCUAGGUGAAUCAUCAUACCCUUUCCAUGAGAUUGCUUCUGCAAAGGCGAAUCAACCAGACACGUAUACUGUGUCAAGAUUCGACAUUGAGAGUUAUGCUGACAGCAUUUGA